AAUAUAUGUGUGUUAAUUAAUAUUCUUUUUCUUCUCCUAUUAAAAAAUCCAUUGUAUUUUGAAUUAAUCUCAAUUAUCACAUGCUCAUUUUAGAUUUGCUUUGUGGACUCAUUAGUAUCUAAAAUUAAUUCUGUUCGAUCGAUCGUGUUUCCGAGAUUUAAUAUUGUUUAAAAAUUUUGUUUUUCGUUUCUUACGAUAUAAUCUCACAAUUUUAUUUCUCUCCAAUUCUGAACGAUUAUCGUGCGAUCAAAGCCUAUAGGCUAUCGUUAGGUGUGUAACCCUCUUUGACGAGCAAACUCUCCAUGGUAACAAAGGUGGACUGCGAAGCUUCGAGCCGAAAGAUUUGGAUAUUCUCGUUUUUCAUCGUAUAUAUAACCUUGCCACGCGUAGUAAAAAAGUCGUGCCUCUUCCGAAUUUUCUUUCUUGCGAAAAAAAUAACCGAGAUGUUAAAAUUUCAACAACGUCCCACUCCGGAGGAUCUCAAGCUCGCCGCGUCAAUAGAACGUAAACGACAACUCGAAGAAGCGAGGAAACUGCGCAUCUUUAACCCUCGCGUUAGAAAAAUUGGAAUAGACAAGGCAUUCUUGGAUAAGCAAGUCGAGGAAAAGCAGCGGCAGCGCGAGUGGGAACAGGCGAAAGAAUGUCAAUUGGACGAGGCACUCAUUUGCAACAGCGAGCUCGCCAUGCAUUUGGAGAGGCAGCAAGAGGAGGAAAGACGGAGAAUAAACAAGGAGAUCGAGUGCUUUCGGCGGGCGCAUCAACGAACCGAGGACCGUCGAGAUUACGACCUGUAUGAUCCCGAAGCGCUAAAGAAAUCGCUCCCAUCGCGAACGGACGACGAUGAUUCAAGUCUGGGACCGGCAUCUGCGCAGAAGUUCGAGGGCGAGGAUCGCAAUCUUCGCGAGCGAUUGAAAGUACAGAGGGAACAGAUGCGUUGGUGGAUCCAGAGACAAAAAGAGGAGCGCGAGGCGGCUGAAAAGGCACGACGAGAUACCGAGGAAGCCUAUCAGGAAGUCGUCCUCUCCAGGGACAAACGCGCGAUGACUCUGGCGCAGAUGGAGGAAGAAUGCCGACGAAGGUUGAACGAAGCAACGGCGACAUUUAAUCGCGCUCUGGCCGAGGAGCAGCAGCAACGCCGUCACUGCGAAGCCAUUCAAGAUGAGGAGGACAAGAAAGCGGAAAUCUAUAAUCACGUGACUGGAGAUUUCCUCACCGAGGCUAGGGAACAGGCCGAGAGCAUUCGCGGUCCGUACAGGCCGUUGCCGGACCGAUACAAGGGCAUGACUGCGGACGAGUUGAAGGUCUUCAGAGACGCUCAGCUGGAACAAAUGGAAGAGAUUCGAAAAAUCAAAUUAGAAGAGAAAAACUUAAACGAGGAUUGGGAACACUUAAUGGAUUCGCAUCUUCAAGCUGCGUAUUUAUAUGAGCAAGAAUUAAACAAAAAAAAAUCGGAGUUUAACAAGAAAGUCGCGGAGGAAAAUUUGCAGCUUGCCGAGCAACAGAAAUUACAUCAGGAAUAUCUGAACCGUGUCAUUUAUAAAAACCAGCCAACCCCCGCCUUCUACGAGCAAUUUAACAAAGGGACACGUUGAGGCAGAAUCAUAGUCUUCACAUGUGCAGCAUUUUUUCAGGAUUGAUGUAAAUUUAAACAAUAAUUUUACAUACUUUUUUUAUAAAAAUGAUAAAUCAAUAUGUAUAUCAAUAAUUCUAUUAUAUUGGCAAAAUUGAAGCAUCUUUCAAUUAUUCUAUUGUAUUCAAAUAAAUCGAUAAAUUUCUUUUUUUUUAUAGUUCUUAUAAUUGAUUAAAUAAUCUGACUUGCAUUCAAUAAAGAAAUGUGACAAUAUCUUUGAUAUUAUCUUUAGUUGAUAAUAUUAAAUUUGCUGCUCAAUUGAUAUCUGAUCUGUUCUUUAUAUCAAUGGAUCCGACAAACAGAAAACAACUGGAUCGACUCUCGGUAACUGAGUUUACAAUAUUACAAUAACUACAUUUCUCUUGAUGCUUUCAGCGCUGAAAGCUUUGUUUGAUGUUAAAUAUAAAAUAAAAACAGAAUAAUAUGCUUACAACGCUGAAAGUGUCAAAAGAAACGCAGCUAAUACAUACAAAAAUUAAUUCACUAUCACGUAUACAAAUAAAAUAUAAUAACACGGGAAAUUAAAAUGUAAAGAAAGAAUGCCUUGUUGUGUGAUAUCAUAUAUUUUAAUUAAAUCAUUUCAUCAAGACAAGAUUGCGCUACAAUGUUUUUGUCUUUUCG